AUGGAUGGAUGGAUAGAUGGGUUGUCUUCCUGGCUGGUUGCCAUCCAUGACCCGAGGCACUUCCGUGGUGUGGUGGACAUGGUGAUUCACGGCAACAGCACAUGCUCCCAGAAGUGGUCUGGCCUGACGGAAACUACUUUUCCCAAGACAUUUAGUAGUUACCUGGAUGACAUCAUCAGCUAUCGCUGGGAACUGGAGGAGGGGAAGCCCAACCCACUGCGACAGGUGUCAUUUGAAAACCUCCCUCCUCGCACUCAGGUGGAACUCGUACAUCGACUCUGUGACUAUCGUCUUGACGCUGCUGAUGUUUUUGACCUGCUGAAGGGUCUGGAUGCAGACAGUCUGAGAGUGGAACCUCUUGGACAGGAUGGGAAUGGAGCCCUCUACUGGUACUUUUAUGGCACUCGUAUGUACAAAGAAGAACCAGUUAGGAGGAAAACAGAGAAGCUUAGUGAGGCAGAAAGUGAAGAUAAGACAGAAAAUUGGUUAAAUGACUUGCCGUCUUGCACAGGUCGCAAACGAGGCACUUGGUCCCUCGUGUGUGAAACAAAAGAACAGUGGGUCAGUCUGGCAGAAAGCAUCAAAGACAAAACCUCUCCACAGGACCGCCACCUCUAUCGCGUCAUCUGUCAUAACUUCCUGCCCGAAAUCAGCAGCAUGAUUGAGCAUAAGGAGAAAGAGCAGAAACAGAAGCUGCUGGACCCAGCUGCGCUUCACAUAUCACUGCGGUUCCCUGCGCAGCACAUGACACAGGAGGAGGAGCAGGAGGAGGACAAUCUGAUGAACAUCGCAGAGGUGGCGAAAAAGACAGACGAAGAGCUGCACAGGCAGAUCCUGUUGGCUGAGCAGCGGCGGGAAGAGGAAAGGUUUCUUGAGGAAGAACGACAGAGAGAGCAGAUGGAGAAGAACAAAGCUGUGGAGGAGCGAGCAAAAAGGCGGAAGUUGCGGGAGGAGAGGGCCUGGUUGCUGUCACAAGGAAAAGAACUACCACCUGAACUUCUGAAGCUGGAGCCACCGUCUCCUAUCCGCAAAACACGCAAGAAUAAAGAAAUCUAUGAAAUGUACGAGGACUACACUGCUCUGUACAAAGUACUGGAAGCACUGAAAGCACAUAAAGAUGCCUGGCCGUUUAUGGAGCCUGUGGAUGACUCCUAUGCACCCAACUACCACGAGAUCAUCCAGAGCCCUAUGGACCUGUCCACCAUUGAGAAGAAGCUCAAUCAUGGGGACUAUAUUGCCAAGGAGGAGUUUGUUGCCGAUGUGAAGCUCAUGUUUGAGAACUGCAUGGAAUACAAUGGAGAAGAGAGUGAGUACACCAUCAUGGCGGAGUCUUUAGAAAGGUGUUUUAACCGGGCUUUGUUAAAACACUUUCCAUCAGAGGAUGGUGACACCGAUGAGGAAUUCCACGUCCGUAGAGAAGAAAAGGAGCGUAAGGACAAAAAGCGUAACCGUAGCAGCAAACAUUUAGGACCUGAAGGUUUGAUCAAGGCUACAGAGCAUCUUCAUCGUAAACAAAAUGUCCAGGGUGGCAAGAGUAUCACAACUAAAGAGGUAGAAGACAACAAACCUGGAAGACAAGCUCCUCCCCCUCAGUGGGCCAGUACCCCCUAUUACCCCAACAGUUUACCAACAAGCCAGCAGCAUAUCAAUGAAGGAGAUGUUGGGGGCAUGUACCACCCAGGGCAACAGCUCCGUUGUCCUCCUAGUGCCCAAGGCCCACACAUGUAUGUACAGAGUAUGGAUCCCCACUUCACCUUCAGAGGUCACAUAUCCAGACAUGGAGACCCCAGGCUGAACCACAUGCCACACAAAUUUAACAUACAACAUCGGAUGGUUGAUAGACAUCACAUGGGUUCUCGAUAUCCAAUAGGCCCAGAUCCUAACCACCAGCAGCUACAGCAUCACCAACGACACCCCUACAUGGGGCCCAUGCACGGCCCAUCUCUGGGUCCACGUCCUCUGGCCCUUCAGCCUGGACAUCCUCCUGAAGCCAGCAUGUACCCUUCUCCUCAGCAUCCAGAAGGCCACACUAUGCAUCCAAUGGCCAACCACUUUACACCACCAGAGGGACAUCCCCAGUACAACUACACACGCUUGAGGCCUCCUAGCAUGAGCAUGCCAAACAUGUGGCCUGGCAUGAACAACCCUGGCCAGGAGAGGCCUACAGGAAUGCGUAUGCAGGACCUUACUGUGGUGAACCAGCGCAACUUUAGUUACGAUGGGGUUCCACCUCCAGCGGGGCACAAGCCAUGGCCAGAAGCCACCAGAUACCCACCCCCUCCACCCAAUGCCCAGUAUCAAAUUUCUGCAGCGGUCAACUCUUUGAGAACCUUGUCCUCACGUCUCACUGUGCCACACCUAGACUCUUCUGGCAGCACACACUUGGGUUCCAUGCUGGAAAGCCCAGAGAUGCUGGCUUUGCAGCAGCUGUCAGCCUCUUCUGGACCCCCUGCUGGGCCCCCUCAUCAGUACAUGAGCAAUGUUCAGCAGUGUGGGCCCCCAUCACAAAUUGGCAACACCCCAGCUAAACGCUCUCGGCAGACUCCCCCUGCCCAUGAGGUUCAGCUGCUCCAUGCUGCCAGAAACAAUGAACCAGACAGCCACCAUUCCCAACAGUCAGACACGCCACCCAAAGAUUCAGCAGUGGAGAACAAAGAGGGUGCUGAAGACACUUUCAACCAGGCCACAUUACACAAAAACACGAUUUCAUUUAACCAAGAUCACCCAAAUAUCCCCCUGGUCACCAAAGAAGGUAGUGAGCCAGCAGAGAGAAUACCGAACUCCCCACAUACUAACUUGGGUCAGUCACGACAAAAUCCACACCUUCUACAGAGUUCAAUGAUGAGUAACAAAAUACAAGAUGAUGGGCAGGAAAACUCUGAUGCCCACUGCUCUCCUGAACAUAAAAUGGCUGCUAUUGUUACAUCCCAAUUUCAUGUCAGUAAAAAGAGCUCCACUUGCGCUGCUGCCUUAAAACCCUGUCACCAGACACAGAACAGUCCACAACAGAAAGCUCAGAGUCCUGUACUCCUUCCCCAGAAUGUUCCAGCAUUGCAUGACACAGGAUCUCAGAAUCCCACUCGGCAAAUAUCUGAUAUCUCACCACACAGGAAAACUGUACAUGAGCAAAGUGAAGAACAAGAAGACGUUCAAAAGCAGCUACAGCAGCAAAAUCACAGUAGCCCUCAACAAUGCCAUCCUCAAAAUUCUCUCUGGAACACACAGCAACACAGUUCACAAAUCCUGGUACCUCCUCACUGUCCCCAAAACAAGUCUCCAGGGCAAAGUCUGGCUCAGGCUAGCCCUAUUCAUGGGAUGCCACUGGUUAAUAAACAAGAAGACCAUCCUGAUCCCCCUCAACCAGCUCCUCACACCUCUUUGCCUCCCAGUCACCCUACGCCACUGUUACCCAGCCAGCCAAGCCCAGCAGACCAUGGAGAUCAAAGACCUAGUGAACCUACAAGUAAACCAGAUGGGGAAGGCACUGCCAGUCCUCCACAGCACAGUAUCACAAAGUCAGGACCUCAAAAUGAUAUUUCUACACACCAGAACUUUGGUUCUUACCACCAUCAAGCACCACUAUUGAUUAGUAAUCAGGCUAGGCAAGCUCAGAGAGUGCCAACGCUGGGACACAGUCCAGACAUGCCUGCUGAGUCUCAAGGCCAGUUAAGUGGAUCCAUGAGUCUAUGUGGUACUGGAGAACCUCCAGAACCACACUACAACCAGACAAACAUGACUAGGUCUGUACCUCAGUCUGCUCACCCCCUCUAUCACAGUCAGACCAUUAAUCCUCCUUGUCACCCCACCUACCACCGACAGGGAGGGAAUGCCUACUCCUACAACACAGCUGGCCAACAGCACCCUCAGAUCCAUUCAAACAUGUACCCACCUACUCCUGGGUAUCAACAGCAGCAGUAUUACCAUCAGGCCAACAGAAGAGGAGGUUUUCCCCCAGAAGACUGGCAUCGGUCUCAAUACCUGCCUCACCAACCUAUGCCACCCAGUGCCUACUUACCUUUAGCCAGUACCAGAGGCAACUGCCACUCAAAGGAGAAUUGUCUGUCACCACUAGGUUCAGAGGGUUCCAGUAGUGCUAGUUUAGUGUCACCUGGUCUUGCAUCAGACACCGGGCAAAACCAUGUGGCAUUAGAAGAUCGCACAUGUGAAGGUACGGAACAUCCUAGUGAAAACAUCAGUAACAGUGAUUAUGGCAUCAUCUCAGAAAAGCAAGGUCUUGCUGAGGACAGCUCAGAGAGACCUGAAAGCCCUAAAGAAAUCCUGGACCUUGACAGCCAUAAUGCCGCCACUCGUAUUCGAACUACCCAUCCAUCUCAACAGCAUCACUCGUCUGCUUCUGCUGCACAUAUGGCGCCUGGUUUCAUUUAUGACUCCCGUUCUGUACAUUCUGCAACGCAGCAGUGUGGUAUUCCUCCACCCCACAUUAUGUCUCAAUCCAGUGGAGUUGGCAACAGACCCCUUUACCCCAGCCACCCUUACCCCGAUAGAGGACAAUAUACUGCCCAAAGACCACACCCACACCUAAUGGAAGCUCUACAGCGGCCGCAGCUGUUGCCCUAUUCUCCAGGUCAGACACACAUGGCCAUGUACCAGCAUCCCCAGCCAGGGGGGCACUUUCAGGGCAUGAUUCAGGAGAGAAACGUGGCACCUGAUCACUUCGCACACCAAGGACAGCAGAUGGCAGCUCCUGGUGGUUCUAGCAGAAAACGGAGAGUAUGACCAACAAAGUUCGAAAUCAUCAAUGAGCAUCUGGACGAAGCAACGUCACUGGUCAGCAAAUUGUAUCAGCUUUAACAUGCGGUGCCUUGAUCUGGAGUGUAAGAAGUGAGACAAAAUUAGUCUCUUAUUUGCUGUUCUAUUGCUGCGUAAAACCAACAGCUGAGCCAAAAAAGAUGACGCGAGUAAUCUUAUGAAGACUAAACAGGAUCCUUUUUGUAAAACUUUCCUGGGUGUCGACUGUGUCAGCCCACUCCACGUUUUAGUGAUUUACUUACACUGGGAAGGAAAAAAAAGUGGCUGGAUUUGCUCAACACUGGACUUCAAGAUCAAAGAAGGCAGCUGCCAUUAUUUACAUAAUGGUGUGAAGAGUUCCCGGACAGAGAGAUGCUUAGCUCUGUGGAACCACUGGGGAUUUUAUUGUCUUGUUGAAGUGCUUUUAAACUUUUACUGUCUUUCUAACCACUGGGCCACACGGAACACAGGAGAGGCCACAUCUCUUUGAACUGAACAUGGCCUACCUGUGUUCUUCAGGGACCAUGAUGCUGGAAAUCUACUGAGAGGAUGACAAGGAGAGGAACUCCUGUUUUAACUACUAUUCCAACAGUGACUUUAAACUCAGGUGAAGAAACAAGGAGGUACAAUUAGACUGUCACCCAAAUCCUAUCAACUCCCCUCACAAUUGCCUUGGAUCUUCUUUAUGAAUGUAUGAGUGAAUGUCUCAAUAUGGUGACUACUGCACAGUUGUUGCAUGUGAAAAUGGCAAGGACACUGUCUGAAGCAACAACUAUCCUAAAAAAAAAAAAAAAAAAAAAAAAGCCGUCAUUCUCCACUUUUAAACUGCCACAGCGUGGAUCCAGUUUAGGAGUCAACACGCAUUAUAUGCAUCUCUGAGAUCUGCCUUUGUCGUUUGCUAAUGUUUGUACGUGACUGUUAUGCACUAUAGAUUUUGUUCUAGACAGUCUAGAUGUCCUAGAAACAAGUGGUCUUGGAUAGUAUAGGUUACUUCUAGUCCUUCAUGUCCUUCAUGUCUCAGAUGAGGAAUUCUAAAAUAAUUCUGUUGGUGAGAAUAGUUAGUGAGAAUAUGCACAUACUGAAUUAUGCUCAUCAAAUCCUGUUGUUUCACUUUCUAGCUACAAUUGUGUGAUUGUAGGUCUUUCUUCAUACACUGCUCUGUGCACGGUUUAUUUUUAAAGUGCUUCCUUUUUCCCAAAACAUGUGCUUAAUGUAUCCUCAGGGUUUACAGUUAUGAUAUACGGGUAUUUUUUCCGAAUUGUUUGAAGGAAGACCAGCGUAAUUGAAUGGAACAAUACAGUUAAUCUGCUUGGAUUCCUUGUGUCCUUUACUGUUGUGUCGUGGACACCGGUUCAAAUCACUGCUAAAAGUUGAGCUCCGCCUUUACAUUCCCAUUUCUUGAGCUGUAAUAACUAAUUUAAUCAAAUAUAAUUUGGGAUCUUUCUCAUGAUGCGUGUGUUUUAAAUCGGUAUUUCCUAAUACCUGUUGUGGGUUAUGCUACAUCGUAAUCUUAUGAAUAUUGCACCAGUGAACCCUACCCAUGAAUUUUAGUGAUGGCAG